AUGGCUUGUUUCGAAUCCCGCGGAGCCACGUCCGCCUUGGUGCAUUAUGCCAAGCGCUUGCGUGACCAACUGCCAGCAGGAUCUGCAGAGUCCACGGCUACGGAAGCCUUUUUCCCCAUGUACACAGUUCGCGCUAAAGUUCUGCUGGAGAUGGCAAAGGUCGUGCCGCACGAACAGUUGAAGGCAAACAAGCUGUUGGUAGAAUUUGACGAAAGCUUGGGCAACGCCGUCUUUGUUUCGCACGAGUGGGUGGGCCACCAUCAUCCGGAUCCGGAGUGCAAGCAACUGCGAGUUCUGCAGGAUGCGCUGAAGCACAUGCUUUCCGACUUGCAGCAAAUCCCAUUGGAUGCCUACACGGAGAAUUACUUUCCGAGUGCGCAGCCGCUGCCUGCAUCCGACCUACGUGUGGCGCCUCUUUACAUUUGGUACGACUAUUUCUCGUGUCCACAACUGGAGUUCAGAAGCCUCGGGACUGGGCCGGAGAGUCCAAGACCCAAUCUGACCAGAGCCGUUGACAGCAUCCCCGCAUACAUCGCAAGGUGUAAGUUCUUUUUCGCCCUCUGCCCUGUCGUGGAAACCAGCUCGCUUGGAAAAGUGUUUACCACGUUUUCCUGGAACGAUCGAGCAUGGUGCCGCACGGAGAGAGUCCUGCGAGAGCUGGCGGACAACGAUCCCUGGAUUAUCAUGAUCAAGAGCAGCACGGAGUUAGAAUUGACGUCCUCCUUUGCCCCGUUUUUCGUCGUGCAACCAGCGGGUGAAGGUCGUUUCACGGACGAAAAAGAUCGCAUGAAGCUUGCUCCGGUUUUUCAGCAUGCACUUCUGUGCAAGAUGAAGCUCCUUCUGAAGAGACUGGAUGUUGUCGGCUAUCGGCUUCUUCUGAACAAGCAGAACGUCUACUUGAGAGGUUUCGAUGCAUCCGCAGUGUAUGACUUGGUGCCAGAGUCUGCACCUAACCCCAGCUUGGGGACCGACACCACGGCAUGUGCUGCACAACGGUUCCUUUUCCAAAACGGCUUCACGACCAUCCACGAGUUCAGUGGCGGAUGGUCACCACUGCACUUCGCAGCCCUGCGUGGAGAUCCGCUCGUGAUCCAGGGCUUGCUCCAGCUGCGGGCGAACGUAGAUCGCUGGACUCGGAAAAGCCAACCGAUAGCAGGGGUUCCGCCUGGCUGCACGGCGUUGGGAAUCUGUUGCUUUUUCAAGCACCACGACUGCAUGCGCUUGCUGAUCACCGCAAGAGCCAGAAUCGAUUCUGGCCUUCAUCCACAAAUUUCGGCAUCAGCUGUGGCAGAUGAUUCCGAAGGCAUCCGAAUUCUUUGCUCAGCUGGCGCCAGGAUCUUUAAGAAGAAUCAUUUCGGAGACGUGGCUCUGGACUACUGCUCUGUUUUCGGAACAACGGCAUCAAUGGAGGAGCUCAUUUCCCAAGCUGGACCAGAGUUACACCAAGCAGAUUUGAGCAAGUCACUCUACUACGCAGCAGCAGGUCGAGGAGGCAGUGCUGAGGUUAUUAUGCGACUGGUCGAGUUGAGGGCCGAUAUCAAUGCAACUGGUCGUGUUGGCAAGCCCUUGCGCGCCCUUCUUGGCUUUAAAGGACUGCAGUAUCGAUUUGGCAAGAGGACGAUGGUGACAAGGUGGGGAUAUCACUAUGGAGGUCAGACGCCGUUAAUGGCAGCUGUGAUGUCAGGUCAGUUCGAAGGUGCUGCCGCCCUCAUUGCUGCAGGAGCACGACUAGAUGUGCGAAACUGCCGCAACUGGACAGCGGCGGACUUUGCAAGAGGACAUUCGGUUCCAGACUUCUUGUCAGAGGCUUUGUUUCGUGGACAGCCCGAAGGCUGUAUCAGAGUGACGGCUUCGGCGCUUGCCAAUGCUCACGUCCAGCUGUAG